AGCAAAAACCCAUGUUUUCUUCCAAAAGUAUGUGCUCAUUCAUGUGUAAUGACUUCCACCCCACUAAUCAAAGUAUUCUCGUAAGUGUAGAAUCUGCUAUUUAAAAUACAUACCGCCGUAGCGCUCUCUGGCUGAAUCCAUGUUGUGCCUCCAUCUUUGAAAUACAUUCGCCGACGAGGGACAUUCCUGAAAUUCAAGCUCCGCCUUUCGCGCUUUCAGAGCACCCUCAAGCUGGCCGCGAGCUGAAGCCUACGGAGGUUGCAUGUGUAGGCGGUAUACGUCAUCAAGACAGUCUUAUUUCAGAAUAUUAACAAUUAUAAAGCUGACAUUUAUUCUUAGUUAAUUGUAAAUUGAUGUAAUAUGCUUAUGACUUGCGAAUUUAAUGCUCAGUUAAUUUAAAUAAACCAGGCUUGAUGACGUAUGCAGCCCGGAUAUGCGACCUGCGUUAGACUGAAUCCUUCGGCCGCACGCCGUGAUAAACCUGCGAUCUAAUGCUUUGAAAGCCUGUUGAAGAACUAUUCUCGAGGACAUUAAAACAAGUCGCCAAGGAAGCGAAACAGGGAUUUUAAACGACAACGCGACAGGAAAAACAUCAAGACCAAAGUCAAUAUUGGAAUUAGUUUUCCAAGAUGGGGCUCAUUGGACUCAAGUUACUUUCUAUCUUCACCACAGGCGGGUUGGAAAGAGAAUCAUGCAACAUUCAUGAGUGAGCUGAAGAACCUGCAAGCGUCUGGAUUGUCUACACUGGGUCACGCUCUCCGUGCUGCCUUCGACCUGCUUAAUCUCAACAGAUUAGUCUCUGGCAUCGACAACUAUGGCCAGGGUCGCAACCCUUUCUUUUUGGAGCCAUCAGUCAUUAUUACGAUUACAGAUGGAAACAAACUGACGCACAGCUCUGGGGUCGCUGAGGAGCUACACCUGCCACUGAAUUCUCCAUUGCCGGGCAGUGAGUUGACUAAGGAGCCGUUUCGCUGGGACCAGCGACUAUUCGCCCUGGUGCUUCGUAUGCCGGGUCUGGCUGUGCCCGACAGUGAGCAGCUGGGCAGUGUGCCCACUGACGAGUCUGCUAUCACUCAGAUGUGUGAGGUCACUGGAGGCCGUUCUUACUGUGUAAGGACACAACGGAUGCUAAACCAGUGUCUUGAGUCUCUCGUCCAGAAGGUUUUAAGUGGAGUUGUAAUACACUUUGAGAAAAGCGGUCCAGAUCCACCUGCAAUAGGUGAAGAUGGUUUGGUUGAUCCAGCCCGUCCUCUGACCACCUUCAGUCCACAACCCUGGCACAGCUGCCACAAGCUCAUUUAUGUCCGACCCAACCCCAAGACGGGGGUACCUGUGGGUCACUGGCCAAUCCCAGAAUCCUUCUGGCCGGACCAGAACUCUCCCAAUUUGCCACCUCGUUCUGCCCAUCCUGUGGUGAGGUUUUCCUGUGUCGACUGUGAGCCGAUGGUUAUCGACAAAUUGCCUUUUGACAAAUACGAGCUGGAGCCUUCGCCGCUCACACAAUACAUCCUAGAGAGGAAAUCUCCUCACAUGUGCUGGCAGGUGUUUGUGAACUGCAGCGGUAAACACAGUGAACUUGCCCAUCCAUUCGGUUACCUGAAAGCCAGCACUACGCUCACCUGUGUCAACCUUUUCGUCAUGCCUUACAACUUUCCUGUUCUUUUGCCGCUCCUCGAUGAUUUGUUUAAAGUGCACAAGCUUAAGCCAAACCUCAAGUGGCGACAGGCCUUUGAAAUGUAUCUGAAGUCCAUGCCACCUUACUUUCUCUUGCCUCUCAAGAAGGCGCUGAGGAUGAUGGGAGCCCCGAAUCUCAUCUCUGACAACAUGGACUGUGGCCUAAGCUACAGUGUCAUUUCCUACCUUAAAAAGCUCAGUCAACAGGCAAAGAUCGAAUCCGAUCGUUUAAUUGUGUCUGUCGGAAAAAAGCCUCCACCUGAAACUGGCAUCAAGGUGAAGAACCACUCAAGUGCCCUGUCUCUGGCACACCGCCGGGAUUUUAAGCAGCUCCUGCAGGGCAUCACGGGCGAGGUUCCCCUCCGACUCAUCGAAAUGAAUUUCAAAGAGUUUGCUGGUUUCCAGAUUGCACUGCUCAACAAGGAUUUAAAGCCUCAGGCCUUUCGGAAUGCGUAUGAUAUUUCACGACGGAAUCUUCUUGAUCAAGUGACCCGAAUGCGGUCCAACCUUUUGAAGACAACGCAAAAGCUAAUUAGAGGCCAAGAUGAUGAUUCCUUACACAGUAUUCCAGUGGCGCAGAUGGGAAACUAUCAAGAAUAUCUGAAGAUGAUGCCAUCGCCUCUGCGUGAGAUUGAUACGGAUCAGCCCAAACGACUGCACACGUUUGGCAACCCGUUCAAACAGGACAAGAAGGGAAUGAUGAUCGACGAAGCAGAUGAGUUUGUAGCAGGUCCACAGAAUAAGAAGCGAGGGAACACGGGCGAUCCGAACUCGGGGGCGGCCCUAAAGAGGCGAAGGAGCAUGUCCCCUCUGCUGCGCCGGCCUCAAACACCUCCCAUAAUAACAAAUCAUGUACUGGGCAAGGGCCCUACAGGGACCCAGGGCCAGCAAGGAAUCGUCAAGCCCAUUCCACUCCAUAAAGGAACAGAGGGGAACAGUGUAGUGAGCACAGAAAGUAACGGAGAGCAAGUGCCGGUCGGGGAGGCCGGAGACGGGUGGCCAGAAGGAGUCGAUGGCGUUGAAGGUCUUGUACCUCCAGAGGAGAGGGAAGAGGAGGAGUCACCAGAUGUUGGUGAGGAGAGAAUGGGCUUGGAGAACUGUGUGGAUGAGAGACCCCCUGAUCACUUACCGAACUGUGAGGACCUGAGUCCUCCAAGCCUAGAGGAGGCGAUGGAGGGCGACGAAUGUGACACUCCGACACAGGGCACGAUCCUUAUGAUUCCCCUGGAGGGCAGUAAUGCUGAGCUGCGUACUCGAGUCAUGAAAGAGGUCCGCAAGCCUGGUCGCAAUUAUGAGGCAAUAUUCAGAUUACUGGAGGAGGUAAAAGGACCAGCAUCAGUUCAGAGGUACUUCAUUCAUCAUGCCAUCAAAGAGGCAGCCAGGUUUAAGAAACGUGUGCUGAUCCAGCAGCUUGAGACCGCUCUGGAGGAGAUCGAAGACAGACAGGUGAUGCCUGCACAGCUCAACAACGUCCACAGCAGAUAGUGAGACACUCAACGGAGAGAAACAAGAGAAGCAGCGUGGCCGUGCCAGCCGAGCACCCGGGUUUGUUUGCUUUAAGAUGAGCUGUAGUGAGGAAGAGUAGGAAAUAUGGCCACAUUUUGGUCCAGAGUUUGGUACGGUGCUCACAAUGGAGAGAGGUAUUCAAGGUUUGACAGUGAAUCACUGUCAAUUCCCAGGAGAUGGCCUGAAGAAGACCAUCAUUAAACUAUAAAAGACUAAGCACACUCCAGAAAAGCCAAGCCUCUCACACUGUGUAAAAUUACAGGGUUAUCCAAGGCAGAGGUCAGUAUCUGUUAUGCGAAGCAAUGUUUGUAGAUUUUGUCUGUCUGAUGUUUUUGGCAUCGAAAAGAGUGUGGAAAAUCUCUGUCGGAUUUGUGUUUGCAUGAAAUGCCCACAAACCAAUGGGUUCAACAGCAUAGUUGGACCUUUAAAGCCGUCUGGAGAACUACACUAUAAUAGCAAUAACAAUCAUUGGUAUGCCAAUAUAAAAUGUUCCCCCCAAACACAUGCAGUUUUUCUAGUUACAUAUCUGUCAUCCAGUCAGAUCUUUAUGAAGGUCUUUGUGAAUUUGUGGAUACAGUGUGAAAUCUUAACUGGCCUGUUCUUGUAUACUGUAUGUGGUGAUAUGUAAUGUCACAUAGAUUAGUGUCACGCAGAUACAUUUUUCAACAUGCAGUGUCCUGCAAGCAAUAGUGUCUAAUGAAUAUCGUCACAUCCACCUUGAACGAAAAAUAAUCUUCACACUAUUAAAGAUGGAGUGCAUGAUUUUUGAAAAACACUUGAAAAGGGAGUCGCACACUUGUGGCCAAUCAGCAGUAAGGUGUGUAUCUACUAAAUGACAUCAUUGCCUGGGUUGCAUAUGUGUGGGGCCGGUCUAUCAAAAGAAGAUCCAGAUUCUAUUGGGGAAGGGACGUGUUUGUUUACGUGAUUUCAAAUAUCAACAUUGGCUUUCAGAGAUCAUGCACCCUGCCUUUAAGAAAUGUCAUCGGUUGAGUGAAACCUUGGUCAACUGGUCAAAAGCAGCAUUUUGAUUCUGUCCAAUAUCUGAUCAUGAUGUAUUAGCAAGCAAUGCACCUGCCCAUCCGAGGCAGACGUUACAAGACUCUGUUUCAUUUCACAGAUGUACGUUACAUUAGUAACCCCAUUUUUUGUUUGUUUUUAAAAACAGAUGUAUACUACUUUUUAAUGUUCAUAAAUAAUAUAGAUUAUUUUUGGAAGGUAUUCCUACAUAAAAUAUUUUAAGAAUUGUAUAAAACAUUUUGUAAGCUAAUGUUAUAUAGAAAAGUUUUAUGAUUUUUUUAUGAAAAGUAUAAAAAAUAAAAAUGACAAAUGAUGA